AUGGCGCACUUCCCUUGGGCAGGAUUCCUGUCGCUAGUCGCUGUUUUCCUUCUGACAGUUGCCGCCGUCGUUCUACUCGUACUCAGCAACACCACUGCAGUCAACAAGUGGCAAGUCAAGAGCGUCAAUAUCCAGCCACAAGUAUGGCUUUCGGUACUCUCAACCCUCAUGGACGGCCUGACCGCAUUCGCGCUUGCCGGUGGGGCUACCAUCUCUUUCUGGAGGACGACAAGCCGAGGGACAACGCUUCGAAACAUGUAUGAUAUUUACGAGUCCCGAGCGUUCUUGGGUGCGGUUGAUAAUUUGCUGCAUCUGCGCCCAAAUAUGGUUGCUAUUAGCGCAAUACUGUGCCUGGCGUCUACCCUCCGUGGGCCACUAUUCCAACGGGCUUCGGUGGUCAACAGCAACUUUGUCAAAGAAUACUUUAACGAUUAUGAGUUGAAAGUAGCACAAAUUAUCCCUCCAGGAUACUUGUAUCCAAACCUUACGUUUACAUCGGCGAGUUACGAUGCUGUGUACGACCAGUAUGUAGAGAGGUCACCGGUCUAUAUCAACCAUAGCAGCAGCACCUGUAGAUGCCUCUGUACUGGUAAGGUCAAGGUGAGAUUGGAGCUCUUCCACGGCUAUGGGUUCGACAUACGCUGCUCAAGCUCCAAAAUUGCUUGGGAUGCUUCUGUAAAUAGCACCGUCAGAAGAUUGUACCAAGACGAAGAUAACAGCAUUGGAGAUGCUGUCCCAGCUUUCAACACAUCAGCUAGUCUUCAAGGAUUCGAUGGGUCUGAUGGUGAUGAUAAAGAUCGGCCUGCCUUUGAAGCCGUGGAAGGUCGCGGGUGGUUCGAUGUUGUCAAUCUCUUCAAGACGCAACCUGUUUGUGGUGGAGAGCUAUCAAUCACACGGUGCUCCCUACAUCAUGCAGUAGUCGAAUACGCGGUCGAAUUGCGGAACCACACCAUCCAGUUGCAGCAUCCUCAUUGGCAGAACGACACUCUUUUAUUUCAAACGCGAGUCCCCCUACUGCCCUUGUCCCCUUCAUGGAACAUGUUUGAUGCUUUACACAACAUGUCUGUUGACCCGCCAUGGGGUUCGACGACCCACUGGCCCAACUUUUAUAUGGCUCAAUUCAACCAAGAAAUAUCCAUCUACAGUAAUGGCGGCGGUUUCAUCACAGCGGGCAACGAUCCACGCCUUCUUCUUGGAAAGCGGUUCCUAAACGGAGAUAUCAAUGCCGUCAACUGUUCCUCGACUUUCCGGGAUCCUACGCAGUUUACCCUCGAUCGUCUCCGCGAAAUGGCCUUCCGAACGGCUGUUGCAGCCGCCAACAACGUGACUGACAUGAAUGUCCUUUUCGGUCUCUCAUCCUUGGUAGAAGAAGGCCUUCCCAAUAUACAAAACUGGACUCAGAGGGUCUCACUCAAAGAGCAAGAGAAGUCCAUCGUAUUCACCAUCAGCACGCCAUAUCUAAUCUGCGCGGUUGUCACCAGCUUACUCGCAGUCGUUGCUGUUGUUCCGCUUUAUUGGGGAUGGAAUGAACUUCCCUUUCCGGCAUCUUUUAACCCGCUAGUGGUAGCGAACGCUUUUGAUACGCCAUUGUUGCAGCAUGUCGAAGAGCGGGAGAUCGAGAAGUACAUUAGAGGGAGGUAUGGAUUGAGAAGUGUGAGGUUCUGUCGAUCUGGCGGCGGAAAGGAAGAACUUUCCACAGAUACUCGUACUGAGCGAGAGAAGGGCACAACAUGA